AGCUCUGAGAAAAUCUUCAAUCGAAGAGCGAGAAUGACGAAACGGAUUGAUUCUUCUCUUCUCUACACGGCGUUCGUUGUGCUUCUUCUUCUUGGAGUAGUUCCUUGGUCUAAUGCAAGGCCACGCGUUAAUCGACCUCCCGGUUUCAUGCGAUUCGUGUCAAACGCAACUGAUUUUGCGUCGGAGGAUUAUUACGAUUACAUAAUCGUCGGAGGAGGAACGGCGGGAUGUCCACUAGCCGCCACACUUUCGCAAUCUUUCCGUGUUCUUCUGUUAGAACGCGGCGGCGUUCCGUACAACAGACCUAACGUGAUGUCACAUGACGGUUUCUUGUCCACUCUCACUGACGUCAACAAUUUUGACUCGCCGGCUCAGUCCUUCAUCUCUGAGGAAGGAGUUCCUAACGCCAGAGGUCGUGUUCUUGGAGGAAGCAGCGCAAUCAAUGCUGGGUUCUAUAGCCGUGCUGAUAAACAGUUCUUUGAGAAUUCGGGUCUUACUUGGGAUCUGAGUAGUGUGAAUCAGUCUUAUGAGUGGGUGGAGAGAGCGAUUGUGUUUAGACCUCAGCUCAGGACUUGGCAGACUGCAAUUAGGGAUGCGUUGCUUGAAGUUGGUGUCCAUCCGUUUAAUGGCUUCACCUUGGAGCAUAAAGUGGGGACUAAGAUUGGAGGUUCCACGUUCGAUCGUACUGGGAGGAGACACAGCUCUGCAGAUCUUCUCAGAUAUGCAAGAAGCUCCAACAUUAGAGUUGCGGUUUACGCAACUGUAGAGAGAGUAUUGCUGGCUUCAUCUCCAAGUGACUCGGGUUCCAACGUCUCUGCGAUUGGAGUGGUUUACCGUGAUCAGCUGGGACGUUACCAUCACGCAAUAAUACGGGACAGAGGAGAGGUGAUAUUGUCAGCUGGUGCACUCGGUAGUCCACAGUUGCUUUUUCUUAGUGGGAUAGGUCCAAGUAGUUAUCUUUCGACUUGGGGGAUCCCUGUGGCUCUUGACCAGCCUCAUGUAGGAGAUUUUGUGUAUGAUAACCCGAGGAAUGGUAUCUCCAUUGUUCCUCCGGUUCCAAUGGAGAACUCACUGAUACAAGUCGUGGGUAUUACUGAGGAAGGGGCUUUUCUUGAGGCUGCUUCCACUGUGAUUCCGUUUGCAUCGCCUUUACAUUCUGUGUUCAUCAGAGCGCCAGCUUCUCCUUUGUACGUCCCUGUGACAACUAUAAUGGAAAAGAUCCUAGGUCCAGUGUCUAUUGGUUUACUAAGGUUGGCGUCAACGGAUGUGAGGAUAAACCCAAUUGUUAGGUUCAACUACUUCAGUGAUCCACAGGAUCUAGAGAGAUGUGUCAAUGGGACUAGGAAGAUUGGAGAAAUACUCAGGAGCCGAGCUAUGCAGGACUUUAUGAUCAGGGAAUGGUUUGGGAACCGUAGGUUCAGGUUUGUUGGAGCUCCAUUGCCUGUGGACCAAUCAAAUGAUCUAGUGAUGGCAGAUUUCUGCAGACGAACUGUGAGCACAAUCUGGCACUACCAUGGAGGCGCUGUUGUAGGAAAAGUAGUGGACUCUGAUCUCAAAGUCAUUGGUGUUAAUUCUCUUAGACUCGUGGAUGGAUCAACCUUCAAUAUCUCUCCAGGGACUAAUCCUCAGGCUACCUUGAUGAUGCUUGGAAGGUACAUGGGGCUGAAGAUGCUGAGAGAGAGAAUGAGAUAGAAAUGAUUCCCGAGAUGGGCACUUUCGCAUUUUCUGGAUUAGUUUGCUGAUUCUUUUGCUGCUACGUUCACCUGCAGCUUUCUUCUAUCAGAUGCUUCUACAGUUAGUUUGUUCAUUUGUUCUUUCUAUCAUUAGACUCCUCGGUUUAUUCAUGUAAUAACAGAGUAUAGGAGUU